AAGCUCUUCUUGCUCGACGAUGGAGGUCGAUCCGUCGUCCCUCCCUUCGCUCCACAAGCUCCCACCACCUUCCAUGGAAUCCGACGAUACCCCUCCCUCCCCCCCUCAACCCGCCGCUCCCGACACCUCGCCGCCGGCGCCCAGGUUCGAUCACUUCACUGACCCCUUGCCGUCCUUUCCCGGCCCUCACUGGCGGAACUCCACUCACCAGUCCGAUUCCGGCUUCUCCCCAUCUCCCUCUGCUGGGGUGUCGAAUUGCUAUGUGUUUAAAAGUCGUUUGCAAGAGUAUGCACAGAAAGCUGGCAUUCUUAACCCUGUUUAUGAAACAGUGAAGGAAGGUCCUUCACAUGAGCCUGUCUUCCAAUCUACUGUGAUUGUUAACAAUGUCAAAUAUGAUUCUCUACCUGGGUUUUACAACCGGAAAGCAGCAGAACAGUCAGCUGCAGAAAUUGCACUUAUGGAGAUACAUAAAUCUGGCUUAAGGACAGAAUGCAUCCCUACACUCCAUGAAACAGGAUUAUGCAAGAAUCUUCUUCAGGAGUAUGCUCAAAAGAUGAAUUAUGCAAUUCCAUCCUACAUAUGCAGCAAACAACCAUCUGGUCCUACUCCAUUCACUUGUACGGUCGAGAUUGGCGGGAUUCAAUAUAUAGGAGGUGCAGCUAGAACAAAGAAAGAAGCAGAGAUUAAAGCAGCUCGAACAGCUCUUCUUGCAAUCCGGAGUGCUGAGAUGAACAUGAAUGGUGGCUCGGAAUAUACGGUGGUUCCAGGAAAGAAAAAGAUGAAGGAGCCCGAAAAACCAAGUGAGGCCACCCCAAUAAGUAUCAAGCCAAGAAAGGGCAAAUUCAAAAGGAAAUGGUCUAAAAAGAAGUUUGCACAGAACAAUACAAACAAUCAAGGAGUUGAAGUCGAACCAGGGACUUUCAAGGUAGACACAGAAGCGGUCGAGCCGAAGAUAGAUACUCAAAGUCAGGAGUCGAGUGUAUUGAUCUCACAUGAGAAUGAACAAGUUUCUGAAAAAAUAGCCGGUGAACCUUCUGUCCAAGAUUUCGUUAAGUACUCCAUGGAGAUGACCGGGUAUCUACAAAACACAGGUCAACAGGAAUCAAGUACUCUCAUGGAUCCUGUGUUUUAAGAGCAAUAAACUACAAAUAUCUAUUCAGGGAAAAAAUGCCAGAGGUUUAAGUCCAUUUGUUGAACUGGAUGUUAAUGGCGUUUCCGUGUAGUUGGCGACUGCCAAAAGUUGGACGUAUAAUGAGCGGUAUUUUAUUUCCUGCGCUUUCUAGUUUUUCAGUAUUCUCGUGCUUUUCCUUUUGUCGUUUCGGUUUAUACUUUCAUUUAAUAUGCUUUUUUUGUCAUUAGAACUGUUAUUUAGCUCUUGGAAUACUUUGGAUGUCCUCUUAAACAGGGUGCAUACCGAAGAUUCAUUUUGGGAUUUAGAUUUGAAUUAUGUGACUUUAGUUUGUACGAUGAUUAUAAGCUAUUUGCAUCCAUGUAAUUUAAGUUUAGCUCAGCUACACUAUUAACUUCAACUUGAUCAUUUCUUUAGUGCCUGUUUGGGUUA